ACGAGCGACGCAACAUCGACUUCUCGACAACUUCACCUCCAACGUCGACAAAUACAUCAAAAUGGGCCGUGGACCAAAGAAGCACCAGAAGCGCUUGAGCGCACCAUCGCACUGGCUGUUGGACAAACUGUCCGGAGCCUAUGCUCCUCGCCCAUCCCCUGGUCCUCACAAGCUGAGAGACUGUCUCCCUCUCAUUGUGUUCCUCCGUAACCGUCUAAAGUACGCCCUCAAUGGCCGCGAGACCAACUCCAUCCUCAUGCAGCGUCUCGUCAAGGUCGACGGCAAGGUCCGCACCGACUCUACCUACCCUGCCGGUUUCAUGGAUGUGAUCAGCAUCGAGAAGACUGGCGAGAACUUCCGCCUCAUCUACGAUACCAAGGGCCGCUUCACCGUCCACCGUAUCCAGACCGAGGAGGCCGAAUACAAGCUUGGCAAGGUCAAGCGUGUCCAGCUGGGCAAGGGCGGAAUCCCAUUCUUGGUUACGCACGAUGCUAGAACCAUCCGUUACCCAGACCCCAACAUCCGUGUCAACGACACCGUCAAGAUUGACAUUGCCACCGGCAAGAUCACUGACUUCAUCAAGUUCGACACUGGUGUCAUCGCCAUGGCCACCGGUGGUCGUAACAUGGGUCGUGUUGGUGUCAUCACCCACCGUGAGCGUCACGAGGGUGGAUUCGGCAUUGUCCACAUCAAGGAUGCCAUCGACAACACUUUCGCUACCCGCGAGAGCAACGUCUUCGUCAUCGGCCAGGAAAAGCCCUGGAUCAGCUUGCCCAAGGGCAAGGGUGUUAAGCUCACCAUUGCGGAAGAGCGUGACCGUCGCCGUGCCAUGGGCAACUAG